AUGAUCCUGCAAGCUUUCCUAGCAUUUACAACGCUGGGACUGGCCGCCGAGUAUCCCGUUGUCUCCUUGUUCAUCCCCAAUGCCGACCCUCAAUCGUUGUUGGGUGAAGUUCUGGCAGCGCAAUCGGCAACAACUACAUACAGCAUCAAUUGCCCGGCCGGAAAAACCAAUAGCACAGAAUGCGGUAUGGGCCCUGGCCUAUUUCUGACCGCAGCCCCAACAAGUGUCGAAUAUUUAAUCAGUGCCGAAUCCGACAACUUAUAUAACCACGUCGUCUGCGAUGUGACCGAUCUCCCAACAGGCGUUUAUACCUGUACAGACACUGUCACCAGGAAAGGGGCCGCUACGCCCGGAACUAGCACUUCAACCAUCGCUUGGGACCAGUUAUCCCUGUUGCCGGUCACCAUAACUUCCACUGCCGACGUGGUCGCAGCGACAGCAAACGGGACCUCUCUAGGUACUACCCAAGUUGUGUCCGGUGGUGAGGCAUCACCCGUUGCUGCCACCGCCACGACUACCCCCGCGGCGGGUGCUACAGUCGCCACUACCGGCGUUUCAGGCGUAGCUCAAAGGUCAACAUCUACUGGUCUUCUACUAGCUUCUGUCGUAGUUCAAGCUCUGACAUCAUUGCUGUAG